CCGGGGCAAGUUUCCGAUAAUUUUAAAUUGUUCAUAGCUUUAUAGUGAUUGUUUACCGAAUUUUACCAGUCGGCCGUCACAGUCUCCGCCGCAAAUUGUUAUAAUUCCUAAUUUAUUAUACAUACUAUGUAAGUAGGCGUCUGCAAAUUCCAUACCAAAGUUUCAUCAGUAACAUAACAUCGAAAUAUUAUUUGAACUCUACAACGGAGUUGAUCGAAAAUGAAAGCGAUCGGUAGUAGUUUUUCGGUUAAUUUUCGACGUGCUUUGUGCAACAACACCACCAUACGAACAUAUCUAUCGGAUAUUAAACAGUCAGAUACAAAGGGUUCAAACAAGAAACAAUCAAACAAUGAUCUGUUGAACAGCAUUAAACCGCAUGCUCGCAGUGGAGUAUUGUCAGUUGUUGAAAAAGAUGACAAUGGAUUUCCUUCGUAUCUCAUACUUAAAGAAACUAGUCCCUUACUGAGUCAAGCCAUGAUUAGUAUUAAAAACAAAAAAAGACGUCAACAAAAUAAUGGCAUACUUUUAGAAGGUAAACGUCUGAUACAAGAUGCAUUAAAUGCUAGUGUAAAGCCAAAACAAAUAUUCUUCAGUCAGAAGAGAGUUUUAGAAAACUUAUGUUUACCUGAAGAGCUACGAGAUCUCCCAGUCGAAAGUACAAUAUUUUAUAAGACUCCUUACAAAAUGAUUCAAUUAUUUUCAGAGACUGAGACUUCUCAAGGAAUAAUGGGUAUCUUUGAAUUUCCAACUAUUGAUCAUAGAGUCCGAAAAAAAUCAUUUCCAAUCACAGUAAUAUGUGAUAAUAUUCGCGAACCUGGUAAUUUAGGGGCUGUGUUAAGAACUGUAACAGCUGUUGGCGCAUCACAAAUUAUUUUAAUGAAAGGUUGUACUGAUUUGUGGGGAGAUAAAGUAUUGAGAGCUGGUUGUGGUGCACAUUUCAGGAUGAAAAUAUUAUCAGAUGUCAGCUGGAGCAAUUUGCAAAAUAUCAAAGGUCAAGUCUGUUUGGCCGAUAACAACUUAGGGAGCAACAUUGAUGAUUCGAAUACCGAUGAAGAUACAAAUGUAAAUGUUUUUAGAAAAACAGCUCCAAUUGAAUUACCAAUAGCUCCUUACUAUGAAGUAGAUUACUGUAAAACCACUCCUUUGAUACUCAUUAUUGGAGGUGAGACACACGGGUUAAGUGAUGAAGGGUAUGAGUUUGCCAAAAAACGAAAAGGUAUCCGCAUAAACAUUCCACUUGAAAAUGGAAUAGAAAGCUUAAACUCUGCAACAGCUGUAGGUAUAUUAUGUUUUGAAGUCAGAAAACAAAUGUUAAACUUAAUAAAAAGUGAACAAGAAGUCGAUGAAAUUGAACAAGCAUGUUAAGAUUAUAUAGUUUUAGAAUUUAUAUUGUAUAAAAUAAUUUGUUUAUGUGAAUAAAUGAAAAAGAAAAUAGGUAUUAUAAAUAUGUUAAAUUUAUAUAGUCAACAACAAAGAUAAACUUCUUGCAUAAAUUUUAUUUUUUUCAAAUACUUGACCCUUUAAAAUAAAUGUUAAUUUAUUUUUAUUUUUUCACCCACUAUUAAUCAUGUAAGCAAGAAUUACUUAUUAACCCUAUAAUGUAUGGUGUUACCUUUCGAGGACAACUUGAUAUAUCCAUAUUAAUAUGUUAUAAUACAUAAUGUUUCAUCAGCCCACUGAGUAUUUAGAAGUUUUAAUAGCCCAUAACUUAUUAAAAUGGGUUGGAGUAAAUAAAUGUAAUACCUUCUAACAACA